CGGAAAUGAAUGUUGGCCUCACGGUGGAAGUCCUUCCUAGCAAAGUGCAUCGUACGAUCUUCUCCAUGGGAUCGAAACAGGCUCCUGGGUCUGAUGGUUUCACGGGAAAAAUUUUCAAAGCCUUUUGGGACAUUGAUGUAGAAUUCGUGAUUAAGGUUGUCUGCUCAUUCUUCACCAUGCGAAGAAUGCUCCGAAGCUUUAAUCACACCUAACUGACAUUGAUAUCGAAAGUAGACAAUGUUGAAACCGUGCGACAACUCAGACCAAUCAGCCUAUGUCAGUUUGUCUACAAAUUUAUGACGAAGAUUAUGUCUGAAAGACUUGCCUGCAUCUUACCCGAAAUCAUUUCGGAAGGCCAAAAUGUGUUCAUCAAGGAGCGAUAGAUAGUUGAGAAUGUCCUGCUAGGGAAUGAGUUAAUGCAUUACUUGAAAAUUAAAACUCGUGUGAAGAAAGGGUACAUGGCUCUUAAGGUUGACAUGAAAAAGGCCUAUGAUAGAGUCGAAUGACCAUUUCUUCUAGCGGCUUCAGAUAAGAUGGGCUUUAACUUCACCUGGAAAGGUUGGAUACACGAAUGCCUCCGAUCAACGUCAUUUUCUAUUCUUAUGAAUGGUCCACCUUUGGGUUUCUUUACACCUACCAGGGGCCUUCGGCAGGGUGAUCCGCUGUCUCUCCUACUGUUUGUGAUUUCACGAAAGGGUUUGCAGCGCUCCUCCAGAAAGCUAUUUCUGAAGGGAAAUUGGAAGGUGUCAAAGUUGCUCCACGAGCUCCUCGCAUAUCGCAUCUGUUCUUUCCAGAUGACUCAUAUUUAUUCAGAGGUUCAUUGAAAGAAUGUGAGCGAUUGAUUGAGUUUUCAAAUGAGUAUGAGGAACUUAGUGGCCAAAGGAUUAACCUGGCUAAAUCGGCCGUCUGUUUUAGCAAGAACAUCGCGCUGCCAGAUCAACAGUUCUUGGCUCAAGUUCUGAGAGUUGGGGCGAUGGGGCUGCAUGAUAAAUAUCUGGGACUACCUACCCUAAUAUCCCAAUCUAAAAUGGCAACGUCCCGAUAUUUGGAGGAAAAUUUAUUGGUUUGACUUCAAGGAUGGAAGCAACGGACUUUGUCUUGGGCAGCUAAGGAGACUCUAAUCAAAUUGGUCGCUUUAGCUUUGCCACUGAAUGUCAUGUCCUGCUUGAAACUACCUAUCUCCCUCUGUCGGCUUUUGGACAAACAUUUGGCCAGAUUUUGGUGGGGAGUCGAGGAGGGACAUUCUAAGAUCCGGUGGAUGUCGUGAAGAAAUAUGUGUCGGAGUAAGCAUGAUGGUGGGAUGGGAUUUCGUCGCUUUGAAAAUUUUAACCAGACGUUGUUAGCCAAAAUUGGUUGGUGUAUUCUCAAUGAACCCCACUCCCUCUUGGCCCAAGUUUACAAAGGAAAAUAUUUUCCGACUAGCACGUUCCUCAAAGCUACUGCUCGGUCUCGCCCCUCUUGGGGUUGGCAGAGUAUCCUCUAUGGCUGCAAGUUAUUGUUGAAAGGGUUGUAUUGGCAUAUUUGCAAUGGUCAAACAACUUCUCUGUUGCUUUCCAACUGGGUUCCUUGUUUACAUCCCAACCCCCCAGUGUACAAUCCCAAAGUGCUUCCUGAUUCAGUUGACCCACCGGUGGCAGAGGUCAUUAAUCAAGGAGAGGGAGGUUGGUGUGAUGUGAAACUUAGACAGUGGUUUGACCUGACAACGUGUCGUGAAAUCAAAGUCAUUCCUCUCCCGUGCCGCGAGGUGGAGGAUAAAUUGAUAUGGCAUGGUAUGUCUGGCGGGGUUUUUACUUUUAAAUCAGCCUAUAAUUUUGCUAUCUUGUUAGAUCAGCAAGAUGGUCGUUGGAAAUCAACUAGUUGGAUGGAUAGGGCCACCUAGAUUCGAUUGUGGGAUGCUAACAUUCCACCCAAGCUGAAAGUGUUUGUUUGGCAGAUCUUCAAUCGAAUCCUCCCAACGACGGAGGCUUUGAUUGAGAAGGAUGUUGAUGUGCAUCCCAGGUGCCCAGUUUUUUGGGCGGAAUCAGAAACAAUGGAACACUUGUUUCUUGAUUAUCCUAUGGCUAGGGCCUUAUGGGAUCAAUCAGGUCUUGAGUAUCUUGUUCAAGCUCUACCUCGCCACACUUUCCCCCUUUUUCUUAAGAAAUUAAUGAAUCUCCUUAAUCAACCCCAUCGGUUCAUGGCAGUUGUGGCUGUCUUUUGGCGAAUCUGGCGGUUGUGAAAUCGGGUUGUCUUCGAGGAAAAACAGUAAGGGAUCCCGACUCUGAUGAGGCUGUUCAAUCAGCAUUCUCGUGAAUGGCUAAGUCAGCCUGGUAACAGUAGCCUCCUUUCUCCCAUCCCUGUAUCUCAGCCAAUGGAUGCGGGACAACCGAAAGGAGUUUUCUGUAAGUGGGAUGGGGCGACUAAGGGUGGGAUUUUUUGGAAUAGUCGGAUGGGCGCUAUUCUCCGAGAAGCUAUUCUCUGGGGUUUAAGUCUGGGAUUUUCGGAUAUUUGAUUUGAAGGUGAUGCUAAAGUGGUCAUUGAGAAGAUCCUCCAUUUUGAUACCCGGGAUAGUCGAUGGGCGCAAUUAUUGAAGAGUUCUUGCCAUUAUUCGAGAUUCAUGGUGGCCUCAGUGUACAAUUUGUAGGUUGUUGUAACAAUAGGGUAGCCAAUUUGGUGGCUAGGAAGACUCUUUCAUUGUACCCGAUUGUGAGUCACUUUUUUGAUUUCCUAGUCUGGCUUAAUUCGAGGAUGUAAUUAUCUAUUUUACCAAUCAAUAUAUAUGAUUAUCUUUUGUAAAAAAAUGUGAGAGAAACUUUGCAACAAACUACCUCUCUCAUCAAGGUGAUAACUCACCCUUUGAUUGUCCUAUUAUUGUUAUGACAGAUUUUUAUUUGACCUAAUUGGAACUUGUAUGACGUGGUCUCUAAGACCAUUUGAUUAAUAACAAAUCGAAAUGAUUUUCCACUAUUUGAACAAAAAAUGAUUCAAUAAUUCCCAAAUUAUGUAGUCUCAAUCUUACAUUCUUUUAAUUCCAAUAAAACAAAAUGACAUAUCUAAUUCGGCUCAAACCCAAUUGGUGAUUACAAAAACAAACCAUUUUGAGUAGUAAUAUAAAAAUAAUAAAAAUUAAAAACAAACUAAAUCACCAAUGAUCGUUCAUUCAAAUCGUUAGAGAGAGAAAUAACCUCAUUCAUUUCUCUAUCUCCCUUUUUUCCUCUCCCUCUCCCAAGUCUCAACGUUGAGGAUAAUGAUGAUCCUCUUGUAAAAAAAGGAGUGAGGGAGAGGAGAGGGGAAAAUAUGAGUCAUCUUAUUCCUUCUCCUGUAAUUAAUAAAAUUCCACCAUUGCGAUUCAGAAUAAUAUACAAAAAUCAUUUUCUAGCAUUCCUUUGCCUCGUUUUCUUCUCCCUUCUUUCCUUUUUCUUUCUCCUUCAUCACCCUGUCUCUCAUUUCUUCUCCAUUGUCGAUGAUGUUUUCCUCAUUUUCUACUUGUGCUCCUCAUUCGCCCUCUUCAAGAUCAACCAAAACCUGGUCCUCUUAAUUCAUCCUUCUCGUAACAAAACUAGCACCUUCUUGCCGAAGACUCGAAAUCAUAGCACCCUUGCAAUUCCUUCAUCAAAGCCAUAUGGGGUUGUUGUUGAUUCCUCUCUUAAGAACAAGUGCCCAAAACUUCCAAAAAAUAGAGCAUUGACAGAAUCUUUUUCAUUCAAGGAGAACUGUUCGAUUCAUAGCACAUUUAAUGCUAUGGAUAAUUCACCAUCCGGAAGUAAUGAUUUGUCUAGCGUGCCAUCUCCUUUAACCAAGUCCCCAUGGUCGUCCCAUCUUAAUUUGAACGUUGAAGAACAUGGUGGAGGCGAAGUCUCGGAAUUAAGCCCCAAUGUGUUGUUGGGUUCUCUAGUGAGGGAAGAAGGGCAUAUUUAUUCAUUGGCAGCAGUAGGGGAUUUACUAUACACAGGAUCUGACAGCAAGAACAUUCGGGUUUGGAAAAAUCAUCGAGAAUUCUCUGGAUUUAAAUCAAAUAGUGGUUUGGUGAAGGCGAUCAUUAUAUCCAAGGACAAGAUUUUCACAGGGCAUCAGGACGGGAAAGUUCGGGUAUGGAAAGUUUCAUCCAAAAACUCGUCGGUUCACAAACGAGUUGGGACCUUACCGACUCUCAGGGAUGUGGUCAAGAACUCGAUUAAACCCAGCAAUUACAUCAGCGAAACGAGGAAAAAUGGGAUCAAUGGCCUCUGGCUAAAGCAUUUUGAUGCAAUUUCUUGCCUGGGGAUUAGUGAGGAUGGCGCAUACCUCUACUCUGCAUCAUGGGAUAAGACCUUCAAAGUGUGGAGGAUCUCCGAUUUCAAAUGCCUGGAAUCGAUCGCCGCCCAUGAUGAUGCAGUAAAUGCCCUUGUGGCUGGGUUUGAUGGAUUAGUGUUCACAGGUUCUGCAGAUGGUAGUGUGAAGGUGUGGCGAAGGGAGCUGCAGGGGAAAGGGACGAAGCAUUUCUUUUCCCAAACGCUACUGAAGCAAGAGUGUGCAAUUACGGCUUUGGCGGUAAACCCACCAGAUGCCACUGUUGUAUAUUGUGGAUCCUCGGAUGGGCUCAUCAAUUUUUGGGAGAGGGACACACAACUAUCACACGGUGGUGUUUUAAGAGGACAUAAAUUGGCAGUGCUCUGCUUGGUCUCAGUCGGGAGCUUAGUGUUUAGUGGUUCUGCGGAUAUGGCGAUUUGUGUGUGGAGGAGGAGCGGGAUUGAGCAUACAUGUUUAUCGCAGUUAAUUGGACACACAGGACCAGUGAAAUGCUUGGCAGUGGAGGAGGAUCCUAACCCAACGGCAGGAGCUGGAGGGAGGUCAUGGACUUUGUAUAGCGGGAGCCUUGAUAAGUCGGUGAAGAUGUGGAGGGUGUCAGAGCAAGCACCACCAAUGGGAUGGAACGGUAGUAGUAAGCGGCCAACAUCGACACUAACAGUCGCUCCAACUUUCUCGAAUCAGGGUAACAGGAUUACUGAGGCAAAGUAUUGAAAAACAACAAGGUAAUGGAUAUAGGUUAACUCUUUUUAAUAUCAAUUGUAUACUUUGAUGGUGAAAUUUUGGAUGUUAUUGUGUACAAGGGUGAGUUAGCAUGGGCAAACCAAACGAAAUGUAGUCCAUGAGAAGUUUCAGAAUUAGUAUGUUUUCUCAUAUAUGAAAUUUUUUUUUUUUUUUUUUGAAAAGUAUGAUUUCACAUACUUAUUAUUUUUAAAAAUACAAAAAGUUACUAUUUUACUUAAUUGCUUCCACCCAACUUAGAACACUGCCCACUGAAAUCAAUGAUUGUGCGAAAAUAAGAACAAAAUUGCCAAAGAUUUGGUUUCGAUAAAAUCAAAUAGAAUCG